AUGUCGGCUCAAUCGAAUUGUUCAACGACUGUUUGGGCAGUGAAUGCAACAACAAUUGCUGGUUCACCUACGGGUAGUUCAGGUUUCAAUUCAACAUUAUUAUAUUAUCCAACAGGCAUCUUGGUUGGUACAAAUGAUUCGAUUUAUGUCAUAGAUUAUAAAAGUUCACGCUAUCGUAUGCAACUUUUUUAUCCAGGUAGUCAAUUAGGAACAAUAAUCAUUAACACCACCAGUGGCACAGCUCUCAAUCAGUUCUCUGGCAUCACUAUUCUUAACAUGGAUAUGAGUGGUAAUAUCUAUGCACUUGAUCAAGGAAACAAUCGUGUUACAAUGUGGGCCUCAGGAGCAUCAACGGGUAUAGUUGUAGCCGGUGGUAACGGAUCGGGCAAUUCUCUCAGCCAACUAAAUACUCCUUGGGACUUUUUCAUUGAGCCAAAUACAUCCUAUAUUUGGAUAGCUGAUUCAAAUAACCAUCGAAUUGUCAAGUGGAUAAAUACAUCGACUGCGAUACUUAUUGCAGGAAAUGGUACUGGCUCACAAGCUAACCAAUUUAAUUUUCCAGACGGACUAUUCAUUGAUACAUCUGAUUCAAAUACAUUUUAUGUAGCAGACUGUUAUAAUCAUAGAAUCCAAAAAUGGCUCUAUGGAGCAAGCAGUGGAACAACAGUGGCAGGACAGUCAGGUGUGUCUGGUAGUGCACUUAAUCAGCUUUAUUAUCCAUAUACUUUGACUAUGGACAUGAAUAAAUCAUUGUACAUUGCGGAUUAUUCAAAUCAUCGAAUCGUUGUAUGGUUAUUAGGAGCUACAUCCGGCAUACUCAUUGCUGGUACAGGCACCCACGGAGUAUUACCAUCUCAACUAUAUAAUCCUUUAUAUAUCAGAUUUGAUUCAACUGGAGCACUUAUUGUCGAUGAUUAUUAUAACAGUCGUGUUCAAAGGUUUCCAGUUAUUUGCUCACCAAAUACGAUAUCAUCAUCAACAACAUCAGUAUUAACCAACUCAACAUCAAUCGCUGCUACAUUACAAAACACAACAAUGGCUAUUUCACUUACUACCAAUAGUCUUACAACAUCAGCAAGUGAGUAG